AAGACUAAAGACACUUACGAAAUAAAUUAUUUUUGAAAGCUUUUUAACUUAAACCUUGACUUGGUUGAGUAAUUGUUGUUAAUAAGAUAUUGAUAUUAUGUUAGUUGUAUUAACAAUUUCGCUGAUAGGAUGAUGACCAUUUACGCGUUCAAUUAUUAAAAUCUAAUAUAUCGAACCGACAUUAGUUUCAUGAAACUGUUUGUACGCUACAUUUUAUCACUCAACUAACAAGCCCAUCCUUACUAUAGCAACAUGGCGAUGCUCCAGACGGAAGUAGUGCAGCAGUGUAGUGUCGUAACAGAAGUCUACCAGACUGAAACCCCGACACUCCACCUCCAACAGACCCCGUCAGAAACAACACAGAGCAACUAUGUGAAGAUAAUAAAGAGUAUUGGAGCUGGCAGUGUGGUGGAUAUACUACCUUCAGUUGUCGAGCACAUUGUCAGCAACACUAACAAGAUCGAGCGAAGUGAGCUUAUCCAGGAAAUGGCGCGGAAGUUGAAAGACGAGGCAAUAAUGUGGCAGCUUGUGAAGCACAACCUCCUCAACUCUAUUCUCUCCCAACUUCUGGAUAUCUUCAGUGGGGAGACUUCUCAGUCCAUACAGUUCGAGCUCAUGACUGUUAUAUGCUCCCUCCCUCAGUCUCACUUGACAGAGAAAUUAUUAUCAAAACUCCACUCUGCCGCUCUUUCCUCCUCUCCCCUGAUCAGAAGACAAAGUCUCCUUCUGGUCCUCAAAACCCUUCCUCCAAACGUUUCUCUUAAGUUUUUACUCGCUUACCUUGAUGAUGAUGACCCAAGAGUUAGAACAACAGCAAUACAGCAUCUCCACAAAGCAGCCGACUCUGGGUGUGACAUACCUUUCUCUGUUUAUCACAAGCUUAUCGCUAACUUAUCUGACUCCUUCGACGAGGUGAGACUACACUCAGUUCGUUUAUUACCUCAUCUGGUUAAACAACACAGACACGAACAUCUAGAAACUACAGGAUCACGUACCACCACCCUGACUCACCAUACAUUCGUUCAGCUGUGUAUGCUAAUGAGGGACAUGAGCACUAAUGUCAGAAGUGAAGUGGCUAGAGUCCUGGGAUUGUUCACUGAUGUUGACCCGGAGUAUUUGAAGCAGACCCAUUUUGGG